AUGGAGGCCGUAGUAUUUGAGGACUCGCCGCUCGCCGACUACCUCGAGGGUGAGGGCGGCGAAGGCUCGUAUGACCUUUCGAGCAGCUCCGGGCAUGAUACGUCUCCAAAGUCGUCGAACCCAUCUUUUGCGCCUCGUGGUAGACCAACAGCUAGGCACAAGUUUCGACAAAAGCUCCCUCCACCGCUACGACUGGCAGUCCCACCGAAGAAAGCUGUAGCAUUGCUACACAAUACCUGCUCCAAAGCAGUCAAUUCGAGGCUUGGCAGAGUCGACAACGCGAGAUUCCUUGAACGAUUCCGAUAUAUCAUAGUGGCAUCUCAACUUCUGAAUGCACAUUCAUACAUUGGGCAGGCUGGGAGGGGCCAACCUAGGGAUGCCACAGUAUCAUUGCCCGAUAUUCCACAACUGGGGGCUCUUACACCGGCCGGGGCGAUCGUGACAGCAACAUGUGCCUUCAUGCUGGCUUGGCUGGUCAACUGGACUCGAGGAAACAAAGGGUUUAGUGGUGGAAAGGGACGUCUAGCUGUCUUUAUGACAGUACUUGCUGUGCUGGGAGUUGUGUUGUAUGCCUACAUGCGCAGGCAUUGGCUUCAAUACCUUCGGCAGCAGAGUCUAUCAGAAAUCUCAGACUUCAUUACCAAGGCACAAGAAUUCGAUGGCGCUGCAGCAGGAGCGUUGAGUCUUGUCCAAGAGGUCGAGUUGGUGUCGCGGGGCUAUAGAAUGUUGGUAUUAUUUGUCUUCAGCAGCUCUCCCCUUCCGCCAGUCAGUCGAUUAGAUGAUCGAAGUCAAAAUCGGAGAUGUGCUAGGCUGAGGAAGCAACUUCGUCUUUGUUUCGCCGCAGUAAUCCCACGAUACAUCCAAGCAUAUACAGUGCUCAAACCUUUCACCGAGGAGAUGGAUCUUGAAAAGUAUUAUGACAUCUACGACAUUUGCGAAACCGAUUUCACGGAGGCUAUGUUGGGGUAUUCGACGUCUGAGUUUGAAGAUCUGGAGUCUGUACGGGUGUUGAAGAUUCUAGCUUCAAGAUAUUUCAUGGGCCGUAAAAUCGUACUGUGUUGCUUGAUGGCCUUGGAUGCAAAUGGCGGCAAACCAGACUUCCUUCGUUGGAGUACAGCUGUUGACGAGAUUUGUGGGGUUACCAUUGCUACGAGUGAAGCUGAAGAACGUCUGCAUCGAAUUCUUAGCGAAGAAGAGAACUUCGCUUUUUCUGCCACUCCGAAGGUGCCCAUGACACCAAGUCGCGAGCGUUGGCGAGCUCAACUCCGCAAGCUGAAUUCUCUAUCAUCAGGAAUUCGCGGUCUCCAGGCAAAGCUUCACUUACUUCGCGAAGAAUCCGACAUAAGUUUAAAUGAGACUGAGGAUGUCUCCGAACUCGGGACAAACCUCAUGAUCCAGUACGAGUCAAUCGGAAUCGACCUAAAAGCAUUGAUGCAAGAAUGGGAAGAAGGAAGGAAUGCACUGGCAUCGAAUAUUGAUCGGAAUGAACGCCGGGUGUCAUCUAUGAGUGGCAUGCUCUCACCAACGAUUUCUUUAGGUGGCCUUACAGCUGUUGAGGAAGGCGGUGCAUCAGAUGCAUUAAGGGCCUUGAACGGCGAAGGGGCGUCUCGGUCUAGCAUGGACCUGAGCUCCUCAGACGCGGAAGAAGUUUUCGAGGCCGUUGCAAUUCCGCGACAGCGGAGCGCACUUACUCGUGAGGAGCGUAUCGAAAAGAUGAAAGAGGACAGGGUGAAACGGGAAUCCAUGAAGGACAAAUCAGAAGCGAAUACUCGUAUGUUGAGGGAGUUGGAGUCUGUGAUAAACAUGCGUCCGAGAGGCAGAACGACCCCUGCAGGAGGUCGAAUCACGUCGUUAUGA